UGUAGCCCACUGGCUGCUCCGCACAACAACACAAACGCCAUCUUUAGCUGACAAGCAAAGUAGCGAAGCUGAGAGUUGAGAAGCGAAACUAGGUCAGGCGCUCGGAAAGCCAGCACACUUUUGAAAACCUCAUUUCACCAGCUUCCCGGCAGUUUUCGCUAACCUCCCGACACACCGUGCUGUCGUAUGGUCCAAUGUGUUUGAUCGGUCGGCCAGCUCGGACGCAGUUUUCUUGUGUCGGUCCCGGUUGACGUUGAGUGACCGUCUCUAAAUAAACAGCCCCACGGAGGAGGUGAUAACCAGGUGAGGAGGGUGAAGAUAAAUAACUACCGUAGACCUGAUGAAACGAGGUCUCCAAGGGAACGAGCAGGAGGAUGGAGGUGGAACCAGCGGUGGGUGUCAGAAGACUCUUAAACGGUCCCGCAAGCAGAGGAGGGAGAAAGAUUUGGAGGAUGAGGAAGUCCGCUGGGAGUGUCUGCCACAGGAGAUCCUGCUCCACGUCUUCCAGUACCUGCCUCUACUGGAUAGGGCUUUUGCCUCCCAGGUAUGCCGAGGCUGGAACGAGGCCUUUCACAUGCCAGAACUGUGGCGAUGCUUUGAGUUUGAGUUGAACCAGCCAGCCAGCUCCUACCUGAAGGCCACACACCCAGACCUCAUCAAACAGAUCAUCAAGAGGCAUUCGGACCACCUGCAGUAUGUCAGCUUCAAGGUGGACAGCAGCAGAGAGUCUGCAGAAGCAGCGUGCGACAUCCUCUCUCAGCUGGUGAAUUGUUCUUUGAAAACUCUGGGGCUCAUCUCCACAGCCAGGCCCAGCUUCAUGGAGAUGCCUAAGUCCCACUUCAUCUCAGCACUGACUGUGGUUUUCGUCAACUCUAAAUCCCUGUCCUCCCUGAAGAUUGAUGACACGCCUGUGGAUGACCCGUCUCUUAAAGUCCUGGUGGCCAAUAACAGCGACACGCUCAAACUGCUCAAAAUGAGCAGCUGCCCUCACGUUUCACCUGCAGGCAUCCUGUGUGUGGCUGAUCAGUGCCAUGGCCUGAGAGAACUGGCUCUCAACUACCAUUUGCUGAGCGAUGAACUUCUCAUCGCCCUCUCCUCGGAGAAGCACGUGCAUCUCGAGCACCUCCGCAUUGACGUGGUCAGUGAAAAUCCCGGCCAACAGUUUCACACCAUCAAAAAGAGCAGCUGGGACGCCAUGAAGCGUCACUCGCCUAAAUUUAAUCUGGUCAUGUACUUCUACCUCUACGAGGAUGAGUUUGGCCCUUUCUUCCGCGACGAAAUCCCCGUCACGCAUCUGUACUUCGGCCGCUCCGUCAGCAAAGACGUGCUGGGGCGCGUCGGCCUCAACUGCCCGCGUCUGGUCGAGCUGGUGGUGUGCGCCAACGGGCUGCGACCGCUGGACGAGGAGCUGAUCCGCAUCGCCCAGCGCUGCACGCAGCUGUCUGCCAUUGGCUUGGGAGAGUGCGAAGUGUCCUGCAGCGCCUUCGUGGAGUUUGUCAAGAUGUGUGGAGACAGACUGACGCAGCUAUCCAUCAUGGAGGAAGUACUGGUUCCAGAUCAUCGCUAUGGGUUGGAUGAUAUCCACUGGGAGGUAUCAAAGCAUUUGGGUCGCGUCUGGUUCCCAGACAUGAUGCCUACGUGGUAGAGCUCUGGUAGAAGGCUCAUCUUUCAAACAUGAAGAAAACUGAUUUUAUUUUAUUAACAUGUAUUGAUUUCAGCUACAAAGUUCUGUAUAUAACUUUUGUAUUUAGGAGUAUAUUUAUAGAUUAUAAUUUACGUAAUUUGUAACAUUUAGUAUGUUGUUUUCUUCAGCCCUUUAAUACUGGAUAAAUAUAGUGUUUGAGGAGGGUUUGGGAGUGUCACUUUUCCAGGGGGAUUAACAAAUAUGUCUGGUAACUAAUGGCCCGUUUAUGCUCGCCGUUUUUGCCCUCACGAACGGUGAUGUACGACGAAAGUGACAUCACAUCCACCGGGCAAUCCGCGCCUUUUAUUCGUCAUUCUGGUCAAUCCACAAACUUUUGUAGCUUCACACAGGUGUCCGUGCCAUUGCUGCAGCAGCUGGUUUGGGAGUGCACUCGUGUCAGAAGUAAACCUCUUGUUUAAUUCUAUCAUUGCAAUUGUUUUGCUUCUGGUUUUGACUUUUUCUCCUGUGCCACAGUGAAUGUGGAUGUUUUACGUCAGUGGUGACACCUAUCAUUCAGGAAAAUCCUGCAGCAAAUCCUGCUUUAAAUGAUGCGCUAUUGCGACGUCACAGUUGGCGUGCAGAACCACCGGUCCGGCGAGCAUAAAUGCACCUAAUUAGUUUCAUACACACAAGAUGCAUGUAACAAAGAUUCCUUUUUGCCUUGUAAAUAUAAUCCUUUUAAUAUAAAUCAGAAACUUUAAAGCACUGAGCUUAAUUUCACUUAAGCGAGUUAACAUGCAGAUUUUAAAAAGAGAUUAUCAUCACCACACUGAACCCAGUGUCUUUGAAGCCAGGCAGUUUAGUCUUAGAAGGGGAUGAUCACCAUUAUAAGCUAAUGUAUUUUAGUACUCAUUCAAAGCCACCCAAAUUAAUGUUAUAGAAGCUUUUCUGAUAUAUUUUUGUUUGUUUCUUUACAGCUGCAGUAAUAAGUUGUGACUGUACAAGAAUGAGUGAUUUUUUUAUUUCACAGUGAGGCGACAGCUUGUUAUAGAUUGUGGUUGCUGAUCAUGUGAUACUACAAGGAGGGAGGCAGCGGCACAGACAGUACUUCCUUGUUUUGUCUGCUCCAUCCAUCACUGUGUCACGACUUCAGUUUUAUUUGAAUGUGCUUUUGAACCUCAUGUUUCUGCCCUGUGUUUGAUUUUGGACAGCAAAUUGUGGAGGCAGUUUUCUUUGGUCGCUUUGGCCAUGAUCGCGUUUGUCUUCAUAUACUGUAUAAAUAUGUGUAUAUAUAAACAUAUAUGUGCGUGCAUGCGUAAUGUACGAUAAUUUAUUUUCUGCAUUGCCUGCACCCACGUUCCUGUAAUUGUAAAUAUAAAAUCUGUUAUAUUUAAAAACAAAUGUAAGAGAGAAAUUCUAAUCAUAUAUCUGUACAUUUAAUGAUUCCUUUCGAUGCACUUUUACCCUAAUGAAGGUCCCGAGAGUAGCAUUAGGGAAGGAAAUGGAACAGUUUUGGAGCUAAAUGGUCACAGGAUUUAGCAGCGGUUCUCCAGUCUAAUAACUCUGAGCCACCUUUUGUAGUUAACUUGAUUUUACAAGGUUCGUUUCUUACAAACAUUGAGAUUAUAAGAUCCUAAAGUGGAUUUUUUUUUUUUUUUUUUUUGUUAACUGACACACAGAAAUCAUCCUGGGAAACCAAAACCCUCGAUACAGCACAGUCACUGAUUAUGCUUCUAUUUCUAACUUGAAGAAAUAUUAGAGUGAUUCAGGAAAAUUGUAACUAAUUGGGAAUCAAAUUCAGAAUUUCAAAGGUUAUUUGAUUGAUGUGCGCACCGUUGUAACGUUAGGGCUGUGUUGUUCAGCCUGUUGCAGACACAGUGGACUUUCAGAAAUGAAGCGGGUGGUUGUAGAUGAUAUUUGAAAUCGUGCAGCCCUGCAGACGGGACAGUAUGGCAGCUGAAUGUUGAUGUAGCCGAGUGUUUUCAUGAAUGUGUAAGCUUGAAAUAUUUAUCUUUCUCUAUUGUUUUUCUUGCAGUGGGCUGAAAGCUGAUUUAAGUUGGACACCUUUUAGACUGUCAGUCAUUAUGUUCCGAGUUUAUGAGGUUCAUAUUUCACCUUAUCUGUUUGUUUUUUUUGUUUUUUUACUUUUUAUUUUUUGGGCAAAUGUUAAUAGAAGAGCCACUCCUUUAUAUUGAUAUUCUACCCUGUAACAGGCCCUGUAACAUCUUACUUGCAAGUUUUCUGUUUCUGCGAAGCUGCCACGCCUGGCAGUGGACUUUAUCCUUUACUAGCGCACAGUACAGUUUAUGGUGUAUCUAUACAAAUGUAAAUAUGCCGUCUGUUGGUUAAUAUUAACCACAUUUGUGUUGUGCUUGCACAUGAUUAUCGUAGCAUCAGAAAAUUGGCCGAGUAAGGGCUGCAGUUGUAUAGAGAACAACAUGUUGUUUAUAUUUAAUCUAAAUAAAGCUGCAUUGUAUUGAGAAGA